AUGAGUGCCAACUGUGCCAUUGUCUCGAGUUCUGGUUCUUUGAUUGACUCUACUUUAGGCGAAGAGAUUGAUUCGCACGACAUUGUCAUGAGAUUUAAUAACGCGCCGACACUUCGCUACGAGACAGAUGUGGGCUCUAAGACCACAAUCCGUUUACUUAACGCACAGAUCCUAUUGAAUCCCAAAUUCAACAUUUUGUCACAAAAUCUCUAUAGAAUUGGAUUGAAAUCCAAAAAUGAUUUGGAAAUCUUGGGACUUAUUGCAGAGAUCGACAAUGAACUCGAUUCCUAA